AGUGAAGAUGUAGACACCGCUUUAUUCCAGUCAUCAGUUGUACGAGUUUCUCGUUGAUCUACAGUUACCAACAGUAACCUAGCUACUCUGCUACAGUUAUCGAGAUACUUGUUACCCAGCAACCUGCUACAGUUACCAACGGUUACAAAGGUGCAGUCAACAAGUAACGGUUACAUAGCUUCAUGGUUGCCUAGAUACAGUUCCCCACUACCUAGCAACUCAGCUGUAAUCACCUAGCAACUCAGCUACAUUAACCUAGCAACUCAGCUACAAUCACCAACCACCCCCAUCACCAUGAUCCUUGCAUCCAGCGUGUACACCACUAAACGCAACAGAGCCCGUAAAAGAACUCGCUUCAGCCUCGCAAUGGGAGAAGUCUACAAGGGAAACUACAGAUAUCUCCAUCCGGAUAAAUCCCUCUCAACUAAAUCUCCCUCCAACGUAGUCGGAGCAAUACAAGUACCAGGCUCACCUGUUACUGCGGAGAAGAGACACAGUUUCCAUGGUACCAGACGGCCUAGCACGUGUACUACUAUAUUUGAGGAUGCAGCCUGGGUGGAUGAUGAUGAGACGCAGGAGGCCGGGUUGGGGGAGGACUCUUUCGAGGGACUACUCAACAAUAUAGGGGCGCGGCGCAUGAACGCAAACUCGAACAACAGGAAAAAGUGUGGCAACAAUUUGACAAUUGGUGGACGGCCAGAUUUCGAUCACAAGGUUCCUGCUAAUUCACUGGAUGGGUUGAAGGACCACAAUGAUCACCAGUCCACGUGGGUAAAUAUAAACGUGGCGGGAGCCACUUUCAUCUUAAAACGGGAUCUACUCAGACAACACCCCAACACCCUGCUAGGUUCAGAUAAUAUAAAGCGAUACUACCGACAAGACCUAUCAGCUUAUUAUUUUGACAGAAACAGAGAGGCUUUCGACGCUAUUGUCAGUUACUAUUUAUCAGAUGGACAGAUCCCCUACUUAUGUGACACGUUAGACGAAGGUUUGGUGACGCGGGAGUUUGAGUACUUCAAGAUACCACUUACCCCCCGGGAAUUUGAACCAGUUCCCUCCCCAGCUGUUGAGGAAAUCAGAGAUAACACAAGUUUAGGGCAAUGGAAAGCGAAGAUUGAUAGUCUUAUAAACGUGCCAGAGUCAUCACGAUGUGCUUCACUUUAUGCAAUCAUAGAUUGCUUCUUUAUCUUAGUCUCUAUAUCUUUUUUAGUUCUCGAAACAGAAGGAAAAGUAAAAGACUAUUUCAUAAACCCUCAGAACAAAUAUUACUACCAUCUAUUUGGUAUUAAUGCCUUUAUCAUGGCAUUCUUUACUGCAGAUUAUAUGGCACGAUUGUGGUCAGCGCAGAGUAAAAAUGCAUUUUUAAAGCAGAUAUUACCCUGGAUGGAUCUAUUAUCAAUACUACCGUUUUACAUGGAAUUAGCUAUAAUGGCAUACCAUGGGCCACAGGGAUUGCAUAUCGGUUUAAACACUAAAGAGGCCGCAGCGGGGUCGGCGGAGCAGCAGGGCUCAGGGGGAUGGUAUGUGGUUCUCAGAGUCUGUAGGGUUUUCAGAGUCAUACGAGUCUUCAAACUUGCGAGACGGUCAGAAAAUUUACUAAUUCUACUAAAAGCAGUUGGGAACACCAGUACAGAACUGUUCGUCCUAUUCGUAAUGGUAUUUAUGGUAGUAUUAAUGUUUGGAAGUAUAAUGUACACGGUGGAGAAGACCACUAGUGUAAACGGUACAACUAAGUUCACCUCUAUAAUGUCUGGUUGUUGGUGGAGUGUAAUCACCGUCACCACUGUCGGGUACGGCGACAUGUACCCGGAGACGCCACUGGGUAUGGUGUUGGGGACGGUGGCCCUCAUGCUGGGUUUAGUACUGAUGGCCCUACCCGUCACCAUCAUUGUCGCCAAAUUCUCGGACGAGUACGAACGCAGCAAGACCUAACCUAGCGUACGGAGACAUGUUUCCGGAGUCCUCUCUGGGGAUGGUGUUCGGAACACUGGCCCUCUUAGCAGGUCUCAUAGUCCUAGCUCUCCCUGUUACAGUCAUCGUAGCUAAAUUCUCGGAUGAGUACGAGAAGUCUAAGAUGGAAAAGAGAUCAAAAGAUCGGUACAGAUAACGUUUUGGUGCGUGGUGUGACGUCAUGUCACGUUGUGUGACGUCAUUUCACCUGGUGUGACAUUAUGUCACGUGGUAUGACUUCACUUUACGUCAGCGUGAUGUCACAUCGCACAUCCUCGUGGGUCGGAACAGAUUUAACUUGUGCUGUACAAGAAUCAAAAAUAAGACUGUGCAGAUUUGAUGGAUUCAUUUAAGGUUUUCUUCAAAUCAGUGGUAGGUGUAGAAUAAUGUGAGCGCAACAUUUCGUUUGUCUGGAACAGUUCAGAAAGUCCACUAAAUGUCAACUUCAUAGUAAGCUCAUAAUUGUAAUACAAUGGUAUAUUACAAUUGUAAUUGUAAUGGAUAUUGAACUUUGCAGGAAUCAAAACAAUUAAUAAAUAUUCAUCACUUUGCUGUUUAAGGGAUAUGAAAGUUCAUGUGUUGCAUUCCUUAUGUUACCUGAUUU